AUGAAUCGUGAUCUUUUUUUACGCAUACAUUCUGCAGUUGAGACUCAUGAUGAUUAUUUUGUCCAAAAGAGAGACACCAAUGGUAGGCUUGGAUUGUCUUCCCUUCAAAAGAUAACCGCGGCAAUUAGGAUGCUCGCAUAUGGGGUAACAAUAGAUCUUAUAGAUGAGUAUGUAAGAAUUAGAGAAAGCACUGCACGGUUGAGUAUGAAGAAAUUUGUAAAGGCAAUCGUGUCAAUCUUUGGGGGUGAGUACUUGAGGUCUCCAACUAGCAAUGAUAUAGCGAGAUUACUAGAAGUUGGACAAAGGCGUGGGUUUUUAGGAAUGUUGGGUAGCAUUGAUUGCAUGUACUGGAAAUGGAAGAAUUGUCCUAAUGCUUGGAAAUGUAUGUACUCUGGUCACGUAAAUGAACCAACUAUUAUUUUGGAAGCUAUUGCCUCUUACGAUCUUUGGAUAUGGCAUACUUUUUUUGGUUUGCCUGGGUCUCAUAACAACAUCAACGUACUCGAUCGAUCAUCUAUUUUUGCUGCAUUGGCCAAAAGUCGUGCUUCUCUAUGCAAUUAUACUAUCAAUGGUCAUGAAUACACAAUGAGAUAUUAUCUUGCUGAUGGUAUAUAUCCUUCGUGGGCAACAUUAGUAAAAACAAUUCCUACUCCACAUGAGAAAGAGAGAAAACACUUUGCUGCUUGCCAGGAUUCUGGAAGGAAAGAUGUGGAAUGUGCAUUCGAAGUACUCCAAGCUAGAUUUGCAAUUGUGUAUGGACCUGCAAGGUAUUUCCAACCUGAAGUUCUAAAAGAUAUUAUGUACGCAUGUAUUAUCUUGCACAAUAUGAUCGUUGAAGAUGAACGUCAUCUAUAUUUCGGAGCUAACCAAUUCAAUUAUGAAGCCAAUGAUGAUACUCCAUCCGAGCCAAUUUCACACGAUAAUAUACCUGAAUUCAUGGAGUUCAUUGCCCAACAUCAUCGUAUUAGAGAUAGAGGCACUCAUUCUCAACUCCAAGCCGACCUUAUCGAGCACUUAUGGAAUAUGCAUGGCCGAGCAUAA